AUGAGCAAACGCUCAAAACCCGCGACACUUCUCAGCACAUUCCAUGUCAAUAAACAACAAAAGCAAAAGCUCGAGCAGGAGCUUGAAGAUGUCACUGCUCCUCCAAUGUCCUCCGGGGACGAGGACGAUGUCGAGGACAAAGAGGAAACGCCACCAGUCGCAGAUUUGAAGUUGAGAUCAAACCGUGCCAAGAAAGAUACAAUUUCUGACUCAGAUGAUUCUGGACGAGAAAGAUCAAAUCGAGGGAAUAUUAAGCGCACGAACUUCCCUAGUUCGAAUGCUGGCAAGUCUCGAGAGAAGACAACACGAGGGACAAAAAAGCAAGAGAGUGAGCAAUCGGCGACCGAGGAUACCGAAGAAACAUCCUCUUCAAGCUCCAAACGAAGGAGGGUGGUUUCCGAGUCUGGAGACGACCCAGCAGGUCACUUCCAGGAUAAACGAGGAUUUACCAAGUCUUCGAAUUCUAAAAUAAAAUAUGGCUAUUUCAGAUCUGGCAAGGGGUCACAGGCUUCAAGAGGAUCGCAAGCAUCUCGUGGCUCACAAGAUUCACAAGCGAAGAAAGGUAAAGGAAAUGAGAGAGAACGCAAAACCCUGACAGAACAAAAUGAGGGUGACGACUUUCUUGAUAGCCCCCCAAACAAGGGUAAAGCAACGUUCAAGACUGUUCCAAGAGGGUCUGUCACUCCCCCAAAGCUAGAAUCAAAAAAGCGCAAAUUGACUAUACCUGUGGAUGACCUAGGGUCUCCAGAGAAGAAAGUCAGAUCGGCCAUGAUUUCACCAAGCCGUGAAAAUUCAUGUUCUAGCCAAGACAAGAAAGCAGGUUCUAUUAGCACUUCACAAGAGUCAAGUUCCCGUCGGAGGGGCGUCCUCCAAGUGCCUGAUAUGGUCAAAAAUAAAAAAUCGAAAAAGAAGGAGCGUUCUCCUACGCCCGAGUAUAAGCCUGCGACAUUCAUUAAUCCGGUUGACAUUGAUUCGGAUCUCAAUUUAGGUGGCAAUGCCGAUAGUGUCUCAUCGCCCAUCUUGUCGGAUCUGGAUCAACUCAGCGACACGGAAUCCAAUGAGAUACCACCUGAAGACGAGAAAAGCCUUGAAGGAAGAAUGGCUAAUUGUCCAUGGUGUGGCGACGCUGUUUCGGAACAAUCCCUCAAGGAGUACUCUCAAGGCAAGAGAUUGAAUGUGCGGAUGCAGACAAGGUUCUGUGCAAAGCACAAGAAGGAAACGGCUAUGGAUACAUGGCGCGAGAGAGGCUAUCCACACAUCGACUGGGACCGAUUUGAGAAACGGCUCGAAAACCAUCAGCAAUACUUAGCCAAGAUUGUCGACGGCAAAGAGUCCCAUUACCGCAAUACGCUUGCUGAAAAGAUCCAGACAGGACAGGCCAGGUCCCUCAAGAAAGAAGGAGACUUGAACCCAGGCUAUUAUGGUCCACGAGGUUGCAAAGUCAUGUGCGACUACCUCGUAGAGGAAUUUGGCGAGUCAUUGAAAGACAAUGCUACAAAGGAUCGUGUCAUUGCCGGGCGUGGUUCGGCAGCUUUCAUUCAAUCCGUCUUGGUUGCUGAACUCGCCGUGCAGUUGAUAAUGGAGGACAUGAAUGUGAAUGCCCGUGAGGCCCGAGAGAUUAUGGAAGAGAGCAAGACUCUAGGCGAGUUGCUACACGAAGAAAUAUGA